UAAAUGGACCAGACCUAAGUGCCACAAAAUUGCCAUUUAAUGGGAAAGAUCGUUCACCAGCAUUUUGUAAGCGAGAAUCGUCCGUCGACUCGUUCACAUUUUUCGCUUCUCGUCGAUGUGCUGUGAUCACGCCGAGGGUAUCAAUCAGUCAAAAUCGAACGAGCAGCGCGCACAGAGGAAGUGCACAGUUACAGUGUAGUAGUUGGAGAAGAAAAGGUGAAACUAGGACGGUUUUCUUGUUGUGGAAAACUUUUCGCUUUAGUCAGCAAGUCGUGAAAGGAAAACACCCAUCGUUCGCCAAUGAAAACGUUGGUUGGUAUCUGAAUGGCCAGAAUGACGUCUAUCUAGCAGUGGCAGGGGUCAGAUUUUGGAAAGUUUCCUCACUCUACCUGCUCGGUGAAAAAUCUGGUGGUUUCAAGGGUCACGGCAAAGGUAAGCGCCUAACCGCCAAGAGGUGCUAAAAGGUGAUGCAAAGCUGACCAGACUGCAGAGUGUAAAGAUAAGCUGUUAUCGGAGACGAAAACAAAAGAAGAUCGUGACGCAAAGAGUCCGAAAGUCCACGGCACCGUUGCUCAGUGGAGGUGACAAUCGGGUUCGACAACGUGAGUGACGCGACCCUGGACCUGGAGACAAUGAUGCGGAAACGAGCGUGACGUCACUGACUGUUAUCGCGGAUAUUGUAAGGAUAUUGGAUCUUGGACCUUUUUUUUCUCGUUAGACCAGAGUGUUCGGGAAGGCAACACAAUGGACUCUGCCGGUGAAGCAUUCAUCAAAACCAUCGAGUGGGACAUGAUGGACAAGAAGAAAUUCUUCCCGCUGUCGAUGCUAAGCUCGUUCUCCGUCCGCUGUGCGUUGUUCCCGUUGACCGUGAUCAAAACACAACUACAGGUCCAGUACAAAAACGACGUCUACAAAGGGAUGAUCGAUGCGGGCGCCAAAAUCUAUCGCAACGAAGGCCUGCCGGGCUUGUACCGGGGCUUCUGGAUCUCCUCGGUGCAGAUCGUGUCCGGAGUGUUUUACAUCAGCACCUACGAGGGAGUCCGGCAUUUGCUAAAUCAAAACGGAGCUAGUCAACGAACGAAAUCUCUGGUGGCGGGUGGAGCCGCCUCACUGGUGGGACAAACUAUCGUCGUACCCUUCGACGUGAUAUCACAGCAUGCGAUGGUUCUCGGAAUGGGGGCGGCCGGAGGCGUGAAAGCAGCCAGCGUAAACCCAUUGGGAAUAGACUUUGAGCGGAGUAGCCGGUUUCGGAUAACGGUGGAAAUUGCCCGGGAAGUUAUGCGAAGGGAUGGGUUCAAGGGUUUCUACCGGGGGUAUGUGGCUAGUAUGAUGGCAUAUGUACCUAAUUCGGCCAUGUGGUGGGCUUUCUAUCACUUGUAUCAAGAUGAAUUGCUCAAGAUUUGUCCGCCUUGGGUGUCACACCUGCUGGUACAAUGCGUAGCCGGUAGUUUAGGAGGAUUCACCACCACCGUCAUCACCAAUCCACUGGACAUCGUGCGGGCACGGUUGCAAGUGCAACGACUAGACUCGAUGCAGGUGGCGUUCCGUGAGCUUUGGCACGAGGAACAUUUCCACAUGUUCUUUAAGGGUCUUACCGCGCGGUUAGUACAAUCGGCUGCGUUCUCAUUUAGCAUUAUCUUAGGCUACGAAACGAUCAAACGCGUCUCGGUGAACGAACAGUACAGACAUCUUAUAAAGUGGUGAUUUGGCAAUAGUCAGAGAUGAACAUGCCAUGCGUAGCACGGCACCAGCGCUCGUCAGUGGGGUGCUGCGCGAGAGAAGAGAACAGCUCACCUGACGGACAGGAAAAUCCACCGGCGACCAACGACCGGUGGCUGCAUGAAAAUGUGCGAAUGUGAAGAAAAACAAAAGAAUUCUGCUGCCAUCGCACUGUGGGCUGGAGAUUGAACUUUUUUGCGGCAAAAUUUAUCUUGAUUUACAUUUCAUCCUUAUACUAGGCUUUAAGGUAUUCAAGGCGGUCCAAACAGUGGAAACAUAUUUUUCCUGAUUUUUUUUUUAUUUCAAUGAAAUCCGGCACCAUCCAGAAAAAACGGCGAUUUGUUACAAUUUUACAAACUGAAUUUAUGGUUGAUGUUAAAAAAGUUGUUAUUGUUUUGUUUUUAAUUUAUGUUAGAAAUGUCUCGAAUAUUUCAAGAACUUGACGUAAAAUAUUAAUGUUUCCAUAUUCGGUUUUCGAAAAUCCAAUUGGCUGCUAAAUUGAUCACAAAAAACAUCCGUUUCUAAUCCACAGUGCUUGAUCGGUGCGCACCUCAUGAGCUGUAAGCAACUAACAAUAACAAUGAUAAUAAUUGUAAUAGGCAUAUUUUUCCGUUCGUUGCUAGAUGGUUAUAAAUCAACUCUUAAAUCACUCUGCUGGUAGCAGCAGCUCCAAGUUGCUGCAACCAUUUGUUUCAGAAUGGACUUAGGAAUCAAAUGUUAGGCAAGCAGUUAAGUAUAUUAGCAUAUUAUCGUAGCGAAACAAAAAGCAUACUUAGAAUGAAAGGAAGGAACUCAUAGGUGUUGUUGGUUUGGAAAAGAAACCCUCAUCACAAUAACCAACUUGAUCAAGAAUAAACAGCAGAAAUCGUUCAGAUGUGAAGAAUACCGAUUCAGACCACACUGCACAGCAGCACAGCUUUAACGCUUAUACCGGUAGCGCAUGUAUUGCAAAAUGUUCAAAGCAGUGCUUCUUUUCAAGUUUCUCUCACAGUUGAGUGUGAACUCGGAAAGUCAUUGUUGCUCUCGUCUUUGGUUAUCAAGAGCGCGGUGACAAUGGAGUGUUUCAUUUACCAUUACUGUCUCAAUGUUACCAACAAUAACAACGCCACCGUUUCUUCUUUUUAGACCUAUGUUAGGGGGUAAUUUAUUUAUACACAACUUAUUUUGCUUUACCGUUAGGUUAUAUUUUUUUUAAAUUUACAAACCAUAGAGUUGCAUGACUCAUUAAACAAAGGAAAAUGUAAUGAAGCCAAUGGAACAGAAAAGUAUAUGCGUAUAGGAGAGGCGCCAACUAAAUGUAAUUAUUUAUGCUUUGUAAAAGCACCUUCUGCAUAAGAGCAUAGUGUUUCCUUUCCCUUUUGUACUGUAUAAGCAAACUUAAAAUGUAAUGGCAAAUAUACAACAACUGUAAAAGAACUCAAACAAAA